GAGGAGACUGACUUGGACUGAGGUUAGUAACUGCCGGAGGGGGAAUUAUGUCAGUCACUAUGACAUUCUAACGGUCAUUUCUGUCCGGUAAUUGUGUCCAGUCCAGCGUGAGUGUCACUCUUGACAGCGAUGGCGGACGAGGAACAUCCUGCCGUUACCAAUUUCCGCAAUUAUAUUAGGAUCAAGACUGUUCAACCUGAUCCAGAUUACGAUGGAUGUAUUGAGUAUUUACGGGGCCAGGCCCAGGAGCUGGAGGCAGCGCUGCAGGUCGUGGAGUGUGUACCCGGCCGGCCGGCUGCCAUCAUGACUUUGUUAGGAGGCGACCCAAGCUUGCCGUCGCUUCUCCUCAACUCCCACACCGAUGUUGUUCCUGUGUUUCCGGAACACUGGAAAUACGACCCUUUCAGUGCACACAAGGAUGAAAAAGGGGACAUUUAUGGACGAGGAACUCAAGAUAUGAAAUGUGUUGGAAUCCAGUAUUUGGAGGCUCUUAAACGCUUAAAAAAAGAGGGACACAAAUUCCUUCGCACUAUUCAUCUGACUUUUGUACCCGAAGAGGAAAUAGGCGGAGCUGAUGGUAUGGGACGACUUGUUGAGAUGGACGUGUUCAAGAAGAUGAACGUUGGCUUGGCACUUGAUGAGGGCUAUUCAAGCCCAACCGAGAAAAUUGAAGUUUUUUACGGCCAAAGGAGUCAAUGGAAAACAACGAUCACGUGUAAAGGCCAGCCAGGACAUGGCUCGCAGUUCCUUCCAAAUACGGCAGGAGAGAAGAUGCGUCGUGUCAUCAAUUCUUUUCUUGGUUACCGCGAAGAACAGCUACAGAAACUGAAGAAUAACUCUAACCUUAAACUGGGUGAUGUGACAACUAUAAAUCUCACUGUCCUUAAGGGUGGUGUACAAACCAAUGUUGUACCAGCAGAACUAUAUGCGGAAUUUGAUGUGCGUAUUUGUGCAUCAGAUAUAGAUACAUUUGAAGAAAGGAUCCAAGCUUGGUGUAAAGCAGCUGGGGAAGACGUCUUGUAUGCAGUUAAACAGAAGAUUAUGAUAAAAGAACAGACGUGUGUGGAAGAUGGAAAGAAUCCCUGGUGGGAUGCCUUCUCUGCUGCCUGCAAAAAAGAGAAUGUACAGCUGGAGAAGAGCAUAUUUCCUGCAUCUACAGACAUGAAAUACAUUCGAAGGGCUGGCAUUGACGCUUUGGGAUUUUCUCCAAUGAAUCACACACCACGUCUGCUGCACGACAAUGACGAGUACUUGAAUGAGAAGAUAUUCCUUCGUGGCAUAGAUAUAUAUUAUUCAAUUAUACUAAACCUGGCAAGCCUAAAACCUUUCUAAGAAUCAGUUGGACUUUCUGUCUAAUACUUUUGUGAACUUGAACUUGUUUAAGUAUUCUAGUAAUAUGAACUCAAGAAAAUUAGGAGGGGUUGGGGAGGGAAACCUUUGACAGGCUGUUGGCUUCCUGUCCCUGUCAAAACUGCUUGAUUGAUGGGGAGGAGAGCCCUUUGGUAAAUUAAAUAUAGAAGAAUUUAGCCAACUAAAUUUAAUCAACUUUUAUUAAUAACUCUAUGGCAGUUUUUAAUAUACAAUGUGUGACAAAGAUGCAUUGUACAAUAAUCAUACAUACUGUAUAUACUUUGAUUAAUUUAAAUGUUACUGUAGAUCAUGUUUGUACAUAAUCUACAUGAAAACAUGUAGAAUCAAACUUAAACAUGAAAUAAUUCUAUUUCAUUAUAUCCAUAUAUAUAUAUAUAUUAUAUCCAAUAUCACUAUUUCAAUAUUAUAAAUGGUUAUAUUACCAAGGAUGUCUGCUGGAUCAAAUUUGUAUAUCCUUUUUUAUACUGUACUAUCAGUGUAGCACUACUGUACUGAUGCCACAGUCUUCCAAUAUUAUAGUUUAAAAAUUUGUACAGUAUAAAUAUAAUUAUUUGAGCAUACUAGA